AUGGCAGAUGACACUAAUGAGGAUAGCUGGUUGUAUGGCACAUCGAAUACAGACUCAACGACCAACGAAGUAUCAAACGGCAGCGAUGCAUUGGCGGCGGAGCACGAGGCUCUUGCCGCAGUGACCGGCGAGAAGCCUGGAGCUGGUUGCCCGUUGCCCGCCUUUCCCAAAGAGGAGCUGCUCGAGUAUGCCGACUUUGAGGAUCCCGCCAAGGAAAUGGAAGAAGAUGAAGAAGCGUUGCCGGACACAAUGGCUAGCGAUGCGCGAAAAGCAGAGCCCAGCGGCAGCAGCUUAGACGAUGGCGGCUCACAAGGGGAAGACACUGAUAUGACGGAGUUGACGGCUGGUGCAUCUGGACCAGCAUCAAGAAAAGAGCGCAAUGGCUCUGGUUCCGAUGAUGAUGACGAUGACGACUCAGAUGAUGAUAUCAAUGUUGUCAUUGGCGACAUCAAGUCGGCGCCUAGCACCUACAAUAUCAAGCAGCGACCAAAUUUGCUGGCAGGCACCACAGCGGCGGACAAAGCCAAGCCCACGGCGCAGGCCGGCAAGUUUAGCAUCGAAGACUUCGAGGGCGCUGGGACCAUUAACGGCGUGGCCGUGCAUGAAUUUAGCAUUGACUCGCUGGAGGAGAAGCCCUGGCGCAAGCCCGGUGCUGAUAUUACCGAUUACUUCAACUAUGGUUUCAAUGAGGAAACGUGGCGUGCGUAUUGUGAGCGCCAGAAACGGUUUCGUGUGGCCGAGAGCGGCGUCGGCCUGGCGAGUCUUACUCAAAAUGUGAAUCAGAGCGCCACGGCGAUGGCCAUGCCGGAAGGUGGCAGCACGGCCAAUAUGAACGUUCCCAUGGGAAUGGGCGGACCCAUGCACCAUCACCAGCCCAUAGUGGGGCUUGGCGACGGACCCAUGCAAAUGCCGCCACCAGGCAUGCCGCCCAUGUUGCAGCAUCAGCCGCGCCCAGGCAUGGGCAUGAUGGCGCGACCGCCGCGUCCCAUAUCCACCACGGGAGGCGUCAAAGAGAAUGCGAUACAGGUGAUGACGGCAGAAUGUCGUGAGUAUUCGCGCGGAGGUCUAGGACCGAUGGCACCCAAUUUUCCACCACCGGGUGCUUCCGAUGAGCCCUUCUUCCAUGAGCCGGAACCGUUCGACUAUGGCUAUGAGCCCACUCAGGAAUCACAGUGGGGCAACGAUAAUCCCGGCUGGGUGCCCACUGGCAUUAAGGAGCUAACGCCUGGACCUGCUCACCAUCCGUCUCAGCAGCAGCAGCCGCCCCAAUUGGGCGGGCCAGCUGGAAUGCCGCCACAAAUGAAUGUACCACCACCCCAGAUGAGCGGACCGCCACCGCAGCUACGGGGACAGCAUGCGCCGCCGGGCAUGAUGCCACCCAACAUGCGAAUGCCACACAUGGGUAUGGGUCCACCACCUGGUAUGCUGCGCAUGCCGCCCAAUCUGAACAUGGGCUCCCAGAGGAUGCCUAUGGGGGGCAAUGCCGGCAACGGCAGCACCACCAAUAUGCCAUCGUCAUCAGAUCGCAGAACGGAUGGCUACGAGGAUGACCGUGAUAGGCGGCGGCGUGAAAAGGACAAGCAGCUAAAGAAAGAACAGCUACGCAAAGAUUUUCUGGACAUGUUACGUGAGCGGCACGAUAUCGAGCGUCAUACGCGUUGGUAUGAUAUAAAGAAAAAAUUCGAAGCUGAUCCACGUUACCGGGCACUGGAUUCGGCAUAUCGCGAGGAGUACUUUGAGGAUUACUUGCACAUACUCAAGGAGGAGAAGCGUAAGGAGCGUGAGCAUAAGGAGCGCGAUAGGGAGCGAAGCAAUCGUGAAAAGGCGCGCUCGCGUGAUAAGGACAAAGACAAGGAGAAGGACAAGGACAAAGACAAAGAGAAGGACAAGGAUAAAGAUAAGGACAAGGACAAAGAAAAAGAAAGCUCGAGACGUGAGGGACGCUCGCGAUCACGCGACAAAUCCAGUCGCCGAAAAUCCAAAUCACGCGAAAAAGAUCGCAGCGAGCGCAGCAGCAAACAAAGCAGCUCAACAAGUUCCGGUUCGUCCAGUCGAAACGAUAAGAAGAAAUCACAUCGUAAAGAGAAAGAAGAGGAGGAAUAGCAUUUAUUUAGGUACUAUAUGGAAGACGAGCAGGCCGCUCUUUGAGUUGCCACACACUAAAAAACAAA